CCCCCAAACCCCCAUGAUCUGAUCCGCAAAGCUCCUGAAAGCCACCACGCCACCUUUGCUCGCUCGCCCUUCCUCUGCUCCAAGAAGCCUUUUCAUUGAGCUCGAUCGAGUGUUCGCUUGCCCUCCAUCGCCAUGAUCCAAGAACUCCUCGGAGGCACGGCCAUGGAGCAGCAGCAGCUCAAGUGCGCCGGGAACGCUGCGAACCACCACGGCUCGCUCCCCAUGGCGCUGCAGCCCAUCUCCUCCAACCCGUCCCCCACGUCCUCCUCCACCUCGUCGCGCUCCUCCACGCAGCGGUCGCCCUCGGCCGCGUCGUCGCCGCAGGGGCAGGGGCAGCAAGGGCAGCAGGGCCCGCCGGGGCCGGAGCAGGCGCCGCUGCGCUGCCCCCGGUGCAACUCCUCCAACACCAAGUUCUGCUACUACAACAACUACAACCUCACCCAGCCGCGCCACUUCUGCAAGACGUGCCGCCGCUACUGGACCAAGGGCGGCGCGCUCCGCAACGUCCCCAUCGGCGGCGGCUGCCGCAAGCCGCGCCCCAUGCCGGCGCCCGUCGCCAAGGCGCAGCCCUCCUCCUGCAAGUCCGUGCUCGGCAUGGGCGUCGGCACCGCGCCGUCCCUCGGCCUCGGCAUGGGCGUGGGCGGCGGCAUGUCCUGGGCCUCCUCGCCGCAGACCGCCACCGCGCAGCUCAUGGCGCUGCUCAACAGCGCCAGGGCCGGCUACGCCGGCAGCAACAUGCACCGGCUUCUCGGGCUGGACACCAUGGGGCAGCUCCAGGUCCUGCCGGGGUUGGCGAACGGCGGGCCGGGCAUGUCGCCGUCGCUGUGGCCGCAGGCCACGCACCGGCCGACCAUGCCUCCGCCACCAAUGCACCUCGACUCGCACCUCGGCAUGGGCUCGCUGGGGCUGGGCCAGGGCCAGGGCCACCACAACCUGCUGUCAGCGCUGGAGCUCAAGCCGCCCUCGUCUUCGCCGUCGCCGUCUUCACUCGCGGCGAGCUACUACAGCGACCAGCUGAACGCGGUGGUGAGCAACGGCGGUGCCGGGCGCCCCCACCCGUACGACACCCCGGCGUCGUCCUACCCUUGCAGCACGGCGAUGUGCUCCCUCCCGCCGUCCGCGUCGACCGUCUCGGCGGCGCAGAGCAGCCACACCGUGGGGAUGGACCAGCAGCCACCCACCAUGUCGCUCGGCACGCAGGAGAUGCAGUACUGGAGCGGCGGCCCGGCGUCGAUGAUGGCAUGGCCGGACUUGCCCACCCUCAACGGCGCCUUCCCAUGAUCGACCUCGACAACGCCGGUCGACCGGCCGGCUGUUACAUGCAUGAUGACAGCAAUAGCGUAGCUCAGCUCAGUCUAGCGUCGUGUGGUUUCCUUCUCAAUUAUUACUUGUGUUUUCCUUUUGUUAAUCAAUCAG